AUGGUGGCCAUGUCAACGCUUGCCGCUGGAUCGUUGCCGGGAACUGUGGUCCCCAAUGGUCUUUUAACAAGGAGGUUUCAAGGUUCACAAUUUCAGAAAACUCAAGUUAACCGCAUCUCAUUUGAACGGGAAGUUUCUACUAAAGCAACACUGAGGAGUGUAAAAUGCAGUGCUCAAACCCAAAGUGUUCAGCGCAAAUCUUCAACCGCGACUGUCAAACGAUCUGACCCCAAAGGAAAGGUUCAAGGACCUAAGUUGGACGAUGGAAGCGGUGGGUUCCCUCCGUUCCGUUUCGGCAAAGGAGGCGGCGGAGGUGGAGGCGGUGGGGGUGGUAACAGCUACUUUGGCGGGUUCCUCCUCUUCACUAUCGUGCUGCUCCUGGACUACCUCAAGGAGUUUGAGAAGUACCUGCUCGCUCGAAAGCAUCGUGCCGGAGACGACGAUGACGCGGGCUACGACACGAGCGGUGGGAUGCUAGGACAAUCACCAUGA